AAUGGUAGAAAACUGAGUAUAUUGUUCUAAAUUUUCAACGGAGAUUCUAAAAACGUAAAGUUAAUUACUUCAAGAAAUGAUUCAACAAAGUUUAGUGGAGAUGGUCUUUGUUUUAUCUGUGGUGUGUGUGAGAUUCUUAGAGAGUGCGUCGUGUACACAAUCAAGAAUAACAGUGACAAGUACCAAAUCGUGUCCUAAAAGUAAGGAAGAGUGGGAUCUAAGAGCUGCUGCAAAGGGAUGCUCGCUUGUAUCAAAACAGUGCGGAGAUAAUGAGGAAUCCGUUUACCACUGUGUAUUGAAUAGUUUUGCUAACGAUACAUUAGAAGUAUGCGCCCCAAGAGCUCGAAUAUUAGGACAGGUAUGUGCUGAGUACAACGUGCUGGGAGCUAUCAUACAAGAAAGCCAAUAUGCAAAGUGUGAAGAUACAUGCCCAUUUGCAUACACAUCCACAGAUGUUUAUAAAUACCAAAAUUGUUUUAGAAAAAUUGCCAGUAAAAACAGGACUGACACAAUGCCAGUAAAAGGAAGGGACGACAUCAACUCAAACAUUUCCAGUUGUACCCAGGAAAAUUCGAGUGAAACUUCAGAGAAGAAAUGGAUGAUCUCUACAAUUGUUUUGAUAUUAAUCAAUGUUUUUUUAAUUGCCUGGAUAAUUUAUACAUAUGAUCUUUCAAAAAUAAGAAAGAAGAAAGGAAAACAUAUGGAGGAAGAAACCCUCCUUAAUAAUGGUAACACUGGAGCAGGCAAAAACGAAGUCCGCCAUACUGGUGUUAAUGUAACAUGUGUUUACAUCGGGGAGACAGUUUUAACAAUGGCUUUGUCAAAAGAAGACCGUCCUGAGAAUAUAAAAAUUCUUGGUGCAUCUGAAAGAAUGUCUUUAUUGUUCACUGGCAAAAAUACUUUUUUUGGCAAUGAAGCAUAUGAUCUAUACAUGAAAGAAGAAAAAGAAAAUUGGAGAUAUGAGGAUAGAUUGAAAUUAAGUAAGGGAGAUACGGAUUCAGAAAAUUAUAAAGAAGCCAUUAGACAUAUUCUCAAACGACUGCAUAAUGCAUUAAAUACUUGCAAAAAGCUCUCAAGUGACAUGCGAUCCCGGUUGCAUUUUGUGUUUGUUGUUCCAACGUAUUGGAGUGAGGAAGCUAAGACCCGUUUAAGAGAUGAAAUCUUGAACAGAGAAAAAGAGGAAAAGCAACAAACCAUUGACAGUCAACGCUUGUUCAUUGAACCUAGCGAAGUUACAUUAUUGCCAUUCAUAUAUGAAGUUAAAGCAAGAGUGUUAUGCCUUAAUUUCAACGUAGAGAACUUAAACUUUAAUCAAGGAAAAAACACUUAUGUUGUUCUUCAAAUUGGCUCAGCAUGCAGCGAGUUAAUGUUUCGAAAAGUUAAAAAGUAUAGUGGAUCAGAAAAAAACGUAAAAGAUAAACGCCAGGAAUGGAAGAAAACACCACAAGAAAGAUUUACAGAUUUACUUAUUUCUUUAUAUGGAAAUCCUGCAGUAGUUGACUGGAAACAAGAUCACAGAAGGGAAUAUAUUAAGAUCUUGUAUGAGUUUGACAAACUCCUCAAAAGUAGAAGUAAGUAUAGCAAAGACAAUGCAGCCUAUACCUUAGACUUGCCGAAAAACUUGCCAAAGCCAAUCAAGGAAACAAAAGAUAUUGAUCUUAAAAACAAUAAACUAAUCAUCACGCAUGAAUUCUUACGAAAAUGUUUUAAGGAAAUGAAAGAUGAGAUAAAAAAAUGGAUUACCUUAGAAGAAGGAUCAUUCAAGGAUGUCAAUUGUGUAGUUAUGACUGGUACCUACUCAAACCUGGAAAUGAUUUGGGAUGAAGCUGAAAAAGAGUGGUUUAAAGGCAAAUCUAUCACAAUAAUAGUACCAAAAAAUGUUCAGGUUUUUGCAAUGGGAGGAGCAUAUUACUUACAAAAGAAAUUGUUUAUGAACAGAACGGAACCUUCAUGUAAAUUUGAACCAGAUGAGACAAGUGAAACAUAAAUCACUUUCUUGGCCUAUUAUUAGAAAAUAAGGACGACGCUAAAUUCAUUUCAAUGCCUUUUACAUUUACGUACUUUAUUUUGGCAUAAUACUGAAAGGUGGAUAUUAACAUAUGCUUAUGAAUAGUCCAACAAAAAUGUUUAUCAGAUUUGUCGAACAAUUUCAGUGUUGAACGUCAAAAGUCACAAAUAAUUAAUUAUUAACCCAAGUUACAAUAGAAGAGCUUCAAGAUUUUUUGUUUCUACUUGUAUUUGCAAGACAGAGAUACUUGAAGAGUAUGUUUUGUAAUAAGUACUUUUUGUAUAUAAUAAUUUUAUAAUUGAUUAUUCUUUUUCAGCUUUUGUGUUACUUUUAUUAUGUAAGCCAAAAUUUAUCAUAUAAAGUAAUUGGUGGUACAGUGUGUAUUAAAUUUUUAGCGAAUGGUGUAACAAUACAGUCAUAGAAAUGAAAUUCGGGGGACAUGUAAUUUGUUUGACCUGAAGGUGAAAUGUUGCCCAAGGCCGCAAUAACUAUAAUAUGUAUUCAUUUGGUGUAAAUAAAUGUACAAGAAAUAUUUGAA